GGAAAAAUGUCAAUGCUAGCUGAGCCUAGACGAAAACAACGAAUUAGUGUUGACCCACAAAAUUUAAAUUGGGUAAAUAAUGAAAAAAAUUUUGGAAAGAAGUUGAUGAAACAAAUGGGCUGGAAAGGUGGUGGAUUGGGGCCUGAAGGUGUUGGAAUUAAGGAUUGUGUUAAAACAAAGGCUAAUAAUGAUCAGAGAGGACUUGGAUCAACCAAAGAUUAUUGUGUUCCCCAUCAUGAUGAAUAUGCAAAAAUUUUGGAAGAUUUGAAUAAAGCUAGGGAAAAUAAAAAAGAAAAUGCUUUUGAAAAAAUUAAAAAGAGGAAAAAAGAAGAAAAAUCUGAAAAUAAAUUAAAUAAUUUUGAAGAGGAUAAUGAAAUGAGGAAUAAAAAUAGAGAAAGGAAGAGAAAAACUGAGGAGAAUUGUAUGGAUUUACAAACAAAUAAUCUUACAAUGGAUCAAUAUUUUGCUCAGAAAAUGGCAAAACUAAGAAAAAAGUAA